AGUCGCCAGACUCGCCAGGAGUCAUCCGCGGUGACCCACGAUCACUUACGAUCCACCAACGACGGAUAUUCAAGCUGGUUCCCUGACUUUACGACAAACGUUGACAAACGUUCUAUCGCACUCAGCAAGAUCGUACGAAUAUCGAUUCUGGAGCUUCCCAUUCGGACGAGCGCGAUCGUUCCUCAUCACGUCAACGAUUGGCAAUCAACUGGAUCAACCUUGGUAUUUGUCAGUUCUGCUGGAAUCGUGCUCCUGCGGCGAUAGAACGUCUCGGAGUAUAAAGUAAAGUUCUCAAAAAGUGACCGACAAAAUUAGCUGAAAUAAAAACAUUCGAGCUAAGUGAUCACUAUUUUCUUCUCUUAUAUUUAUAUUAUUAUUAUUAUUACUUUUAGAGAUUCGGAUUAACGAUUUUGAAUUUUUAGUACAGAUUCGGACAGUUGUAACGCUAAUGUUAGUGGUUUGUGUCGUGGAAACGUUGAAGAGCAAACAGUAAUUAGAGAUUUCAGUAAAUCUGAAAACUGUGUACAAGUGAUCGUGCGAUAAGUAAUUGUGUGUGAUAAGCGACGUAAACUCUAUUUUUGGGAAAAAAAAAAAAACGAUGAUACCGUAAGAGUGCGAUUGACGGAAACGCGCAGCGUAUCAUCAGGGAAAACGCGAUGUACAGCAAAUUUCCUGCUUUCUUCAGAGAAGUUAAAUCCCGGCGCAAUCGCAGUGACGUAGAAUCUCUGGCAUGCACUGGUAGCAAGGGACGAUUGAGACCAAUCGGGACCAGUGAGAUUUUCACGGUAUCAGUGGACGAUACAGCGGAGUGAGUCGUAACACGAGGUCACCAAGCCGUUAAGGACAUUCGAGGACGAAGAGCGUUACCUGCAGCGUGUGGGUCCGCGCGCGCGCGCACACGCGAUGUCCAUUCCUGACAACGAAACCGCAACGCGCGCAAUCGCUGUGCCGGGAGCGUCGUUGAUCCAGAUCACCAUUCACCAGGAUCCGCAUCGAUCAAGAUCACCGUUAUUCAGGAAUCUCGACCGUCGCUUCGGGCUCGCGAUGGGAUCGUUGAGAGCUCCUAGAUUCUCAUAGUUGCUUAGACCGUGAACGUUUGAAUUAAACUCGAAUAUUUUCAGCUCGGUGACAUUUGAAUUGUUUGUUCACGGCGUACGAAAAUAUUUGAAUAGUUCUGGAACUUUCGUGCUGUUGCUGAAGCUAUAUGAAGAUACGCGCGCGCUUCGCCGUGGCGAAUUGAAUAAUCGCGGGAAUUGAAUGCGACGAGAGAAAAGUGGAAGAGCUUACUUUCUUUCGCAGGUAAAUUCGCGGAGAAAAGUGAGGAGGAAGAAAGAAGGAAGAAUUUACCAGACGGGGAAGGGAAGAAAAAUUGGAUAACUUUUAGUGACAACGACACCAGCCGAAGAAUUUUGCUGGAAGAAAGAGGGACGAGGAAAAGAAAAGUCCAGGAGGAGGAUAAGGAAUUGAAAAGGAAAGCAGAAAGGAUUACGAUUAAAAGACACUGACUUCUCCUUGACAUCAUCAUGUCGGCUCAACCUUUUUCUACCUUGCUGAUCCUCGCAGCGAUCCUCGGCGAUUUGACCAUCGGUAGCGCCGAGAGGCUAAGCGGUUUAUACGUGGACAACGGCUUCGAUCAGACGGUGGUUCAUCGUGUGGUCAGCCAGUAUGAGAAACGCGAGGUAGAGCACGAGAUCCUGAAUCUGCUGGGACUCCCGGAUCGUCCACGGAACACCAUCGGUAGGACCCCCCAAGUGAAGAGGUCGGCGCCCAAGUUUCUACUGGAUAUCUACAAGAACGCCCUUGGCGAGGACGAAGAGGAAAAGCCCUUGGCACGUAGUCACAAAGCCGGGGAGUUCGACCUCAGCGGACAGGAUCUGAGAGCGAUCGAUCAGAGCGAUGUUAUCAUGACAUUCGCGGCUCACAAUCAUCACGUCCCUGGGGUGAGACACGAACGUGGGAAGAGGCUCUGGUUCGAUGUGUCCGAAGUACCACCUGAAGAAUACAUAAUUGGCGCUGAGCUUAGGUUGUAUCAUAGUGCACACACGAAGAUUCAGAAGAGUCAUGGUUCUCACACAAUCACGGCGUACCGAGUAUUGAACACUAAAGAAGGAAUUCGAGAAUUACAGUACAUCGAUGCCAUAAAUAUUACGGACAACAAACAGGGCUGGCUGACAUUGAACAUCAGCGAGGCUUUUGAACAUUGGGUGAAGGACUCAAAUGAAAAUCGAGGACUGUAUCUCUCUGUGCAUCCUGCUGAUCGUUCGGGUCACGAAGUGAGACCAGAGGAUAUUGGAAUUAUGGGAUUCCGGGGUGAUCCAGACAAGCAACCCUUCAUAGUGGGCUAUUUUAAGAGUUCAGGCGUAAGGGAAUCCAAGGUCCGACAGAAGCGUGAUGCCAAGAGGAAGAAGAAGAGUGAGGCCACCAGUUGGGAUUACCGGAAUAAUCCUUACACUGAUCCUGGAGCACAGUAUUCACGAACCUGCAAAAUACAAACAUUAUAUGUCAGCUUCCGCGAUUUGCAGUGGCAGGAUUGGAUUAUUGCGCCGGAUGGGUACGAUGCAUAUUAUUGUAGCGGGGAAUGCAACUUCCCAUUGAAUGCUCAUAUGAACGCAACUAACCACGCAAUAGUUCAAACUCUAGUGCAUUUGGUGAGUCCGGGCAAGGUACCCAAGCCAUGCUGCGCACCCACCAAACUUUCAGCCAUUUCCGUCUUGUAUUUCUUGGACGAGAGCAAUGUCAUCUUGAAGAAAUAUAAGAACAUGGUUGUUAAGAGUUGCGGGUGCCAUUAGAUUUUUCUUUUCCAGCCAAUUGAUAGAAUUGAAAAACAACACUCAUUGAUCCAGAUGCCAGCUGAACUAGAUGAUAAUUUCAUAAUCAAAUGAACAAUAUUUCCUCGUUACUUUCGAAAUUUUAGUAUUCAGGUGCGAUCUUUGAGCUUUUCGAAAGUAUAAAAGUAUGUAAGACUGCUCUAAAAAAAAAUUAAAAUAUGAGAUU